CCAGUGUAGUCACAACCGACAAAGGAUGGGCCAGGAGGAGGGUAAAAGCUUUCCUGCUGUAACUGUAGUUGACAUUAGCUGUGAUUAGUGAGGUGAUCAAUUUUAGAUGUUCCAUAAAUACCCUCUCUGGCCAUUUCAUGGGUCCACAGACCACACACAGGACCCAGUGCCUUAGAGGAAGAACAGGAAGUACUCUGGGAGAAUGGAAGAUUUUAUUAAACAACAAAUUUCCCAGGUUAGGGUCUUGUCUGACUAUAUGUGGAAGGACAAACCUGGAGGAUGUUUGCUUUUUGAGACAUUCUAUUUCUACUCACCCAGUAGGGUAACUGCUAAUGUAUUGAAGCCCAACUGGGUGGUCCUAGAGGGACUCUGGUUGGUAAUUAGGAGCACCUGAGGUAGUUUACAGGUUCUUUCCAGAAUUCUCAUGUUCUGCUCUUGGGAGCUGUAAGGAGGACCACAAGCCAUGUCAUGGUGAAUGUAGGAGCGAAAGUCCCCAGACCAAGAAGAGCAGGUUGGCUGAGCUGUCAGAGCUGCUUGGACAGGGAUGAGCCAUGAGCCAGACAGGUUCUAUUGUUCUUCGUGGUGUUUUGGGUAAUGGCGCAUGGCCUCUGAUCUUUGUUGAGAGUGAAGGAGACUAUGAGAUUGUAAUAUUGUUGCGUCACACUAUGUAAUUGAGAAUUGCUUUGAAAACCUAAUCCUGUCUCUGCUGCCUAGUGCUGUGUAGAGACUCCUUCAACUUUUUCAGGACUGGGCUUUUCUGGUCAGUGAGAAGGAAAAAUAAACCAUGUGAUGAGUGACCUCCAGUCUCUAUGACUUUCAGUGUAUGAUUAUAGAUGAAGAGGGUGAGUACAUAGAUCAAGCUUGAAGCUGGUAGAUUCACAAUGCAGAAAGGGAGAGAAAGGACAGUGGCUGAGAACUUUCCUACAUCAACAGUAGUUGAGAUUAGCAUUGCAGAAACAGGUAAUCAAUUUUAGGUGCUCCACAAAUGUCCUGAUGGUCAUUUUUUGAUGUCCACAGACCGAGCAAUAAAGAAUCUGCAUAAAGAACCGAACUUAUCAUUAAAACAAAUUGCUAUAGUUACAGUAGUUCAACCAAAAUAGAUCUGAGUAAAAUGUGGCCUUGCCUAACAGGACUGUUUUUUUUACUGGUUUUAAAUAUACACCCUGAGAUAAAAGGUUUGAGAAAUCUUUGAUGUGCUCUAAUAUAAAUCCCUUGUUUCUGAAGCACUUGGCCAUAUAUCCUGUUUCAACUUUUCAAAAUUAUUUUUUGAGAUUAUAACUAUAUCAUAUCCAUAUUCUCUUUCCUGUCCUCAAGCCUUAUCAUGACCCACUAAUAUCUUCUAAUUCAUGCCCUGGUUUUCUUUAACAACAGUUGUAAUUGUGACUUGUGUUUGGCUGCAGGAUUUCCCAGGUAUGAGGCAUUAGGUUUGCUCCAUUGCACAUUGAGUGUGUAAUGGAAUGUGCAUACAGAGGACCAUGUACUUUGGAUGAGGAACAGGGUAUGCUCUAGGAAAUUGGAUGAAUGUGUACAAAAAUACAAACUUUCUGGACUAAGACCCUGUCUGUUGGGCUGGGAAGGCAGAGCAUGAAGUACUGUGCUGUUUGAGUCAUUUGAUUUCUGAUCACUUUUCAGGGGAGCUGAUAAUAUUCUGAGGCCCAUCAUGGUGGCCUUAGCCAGAGAGGGACUCUGGAAAAUCUUAGCAAGAAGAAAUAAAAGUGGCAGGUAGCUGGCAGGUUCUUUCCAGAUUUCUUCUCUACUUUUGUUGUAAUGAGUUGUAAGGAAGACCACAAGCUAUGCCAUAGUGAGUGUAGGGUGUGCAGAAAAGGUCUGUUGAUCAGUCAUUUCUGCUUGGAUUUGGAUGGACCAUGUGCCAGACUAUGGUUCUGUUGCUCUUUAUAAUGACCUUGACAGUGCUCCUUGUACUCUGAGCCUCCCUGUGUAUGGAUUUCCUGGGGAGAGGGAGACUCUGCAUCCCUGGCAUGGUAGGCCAUUAUGCUUGUAAUCUCACUAUCUCAUGUACACACAGAAUCAUGCUUUUGGUGUGCAGUGGGAAGACAGUUUUGAAAACUGAUAAUCUGGUUUCUAGAAGUUCUGAAUAUUGCAGUCUACUUUCAAGUUUGUCUUAUAUAUGUUUCAAGUAGUUUAAAAGCUGGUAGAACUACAGUGAUAUUGAUUUAGCAAUGCAUGAUUUAAAUGUUUCUAAGUUUCUGCUACCACCAGCUGCAAUGGUGUGAUUCAUUGAUGUUUAGUUCCAGGAAGCACUUCCCUAAAGAAGCUGUGCAUCCUUUGUUACUAAGGCUGGGUUAGGAGACCUCUCUUAUAGGAGGUGUGGCACCCUUGCUUGCUGCCAGUUAACAAAACCCAUCUGGAAAAAUAUGUGGCUACCAAGAAAUCUUGCUUAACCCUAUUCUUUUGUAUCUAGAUUUUUAAAAAACUCUCAGAUUUUAUGUUGAUGUAGUUGCCUCAUUUUGUCACCAUUUUGUUUACAGAGGCUGUUAGUUUGUUACCUGACUGCCCAGACAUAAUGACACAGAAACUACAUUGAUUACAAGAUUACAACACUGCUUGCCCAUAGCUUUGGCUUUUAUUAAUUAACACAUCUGAAAUUAACCUAUUUCUAUUAAUCUAUGUAUCACUACAUGGCAGUGACCUACCAUUAAGGUACAGCAUCAGUCUCCUUCAGUGGCUACAUGUCCUCUGCCUGACUCACAGCCUUGUCUUGUUGUGGCCUUCCUAGCCCAAGUCUGGCUUCAUUCCCUGUGUCACCAUCAGGUAAUCUUAGCUUGGUAAACAAGCACAGGUGCUUAGAAGACUUCAUGAAAAAAUUAUCUAGAGAUCAUUUGUGCGAUAUUUAUGUCCAAAUCUUUCUUAUUCUUUCCUUGGCCUGAAAAAGUGCAUAGCAGAAUUACAAAGGAAUAAACUGAUUUCCUGUACAAAAUACUGCUUCAAUUGGAUGGUUGUUACUGAUAACUCAUUCUGGUCUACAGUGAAAAAAACAAGAAGAAAGAGAUGACAAGUGUAGCUGCAAGUUUUCCUCCCAUCUGCCAGCUUCCAAAUAACCAUUCAGAGACUUAUAUUAGUUAGAAAUAUUUGGCCAAUGAUUCAGACUAUUACUAGCUAACUCUUACAAUUAAAUUAACCAAUAUUUUGUAUAUAUCUGCUUUGCUACCUGAUUCAUGACUUGUUACCUCCCAUCUUGUUCCUCCUUCAGCUCUUGGAGUCUCCUUGACUUCACCUGCUUUCUCUCUGUAUCUGUUUGGAUAUCCUAGCUAGCUAUAUUCUGCCCUGUCAUAGGCUAAAACAGUUUUAUUCAUCAACCAAUAAAAGCAACACAUAUUUGCAGCAUUCAGAGGGACGUGGCACAUCAGAAAAGUGUGUUUUGAUAAAAACAACAGUACUAGGUAGUUUCAGAUGGCAGUCCAAUGGUUAAAAGGAUGCAGAGUUAGUUUGUCAAGGAUUUUAGCACCAUUUAAGGGAAGAGCCUGGCUGUACAUUUGAAGCCUGGGAACAUGAUCCAAGUGAAAGAAUGCAUCUAACUAAACCCUUAACUCUUUGAAGGAGUACACAAAGUAAUGCCUUGUCCCAGGAGCAACAUCAUAUAGAACUUGAGCAAAUUUGGUCCAAGCUUGGUAGGGUCCAUCAAAUCUUGGCAGGAUUACAUUUGUCAUACUUAUUCAGAAAACAAGAAUGAUGCAAAAUAUAAAGGUCAUGGAUUCUUCUUUUGUGAUCAGGUCAUCACUAUUUUGCCCAUCUAUGUUUGGCAGAGUCAGAGCCCCAGUAAAUAAGAGAUUGUGAGAGUUCAUAGUGACCGGCUUAGAAUGUAAUUGUAUGAAUGAAAAACCUCCCAGAUAUGAAGAUGUAUUUUAACAUGUGCCUCUUCUUGAAUGCAGUGACCUAUGAUGACGUGCAUGUUGACUUUACUUGGGAAGAAUGGACUUUGCUGAAUCCUUCCCAGAAGAGUCUCUACAAAGAAGUGAUGGUGGAGACCUACAGAAACCUCACUGCUAUAGGAUAUAAUUGGGAAGACCAUAAUAUUGAAGAACAUUGUCAAAGUUCUAGAAGACAUGAAAGGUAAUUUCCAUGUAUAAGCUGAUACAGA